UUUCUAUUCAAAUCAUGGCGGAGAGAGAUGCAGGUUGUAGUCCGGAGGAUAAUUAUGUUCCUUCUGAUGUCCUUGUUCAAAAUCAGUUGAAAGAUGUGAUCAUUUUACAAGAUUUGACUAUCAACAAACUUCACCAAGAUAUAACAUUACAGGAAUCUACACUGCGAGAAAGCUUCCUGCCUAGAGAUGUUUAUGAUUCUGAACUGAAACAGCUUGAGAAAACAAUACACGAAGAUUACAUUCCAAGACAAAAGUAUGAAUCGCUUCAAACUGAAUUAGAGCAGGAGAAGCUGAGACACAUAAAGACACAGGGAGAGUUACACGAGGUCCAAGACAAGCUGGAGUUUGCUUUGGGUGAGGUAGAAGUACUUACAAAACAGCUUCAGAGAGAGAAGGCAGCAUUUGAAAAAGCGUUCGGUUCCCUCCAAAAGAAAGCUGUAGCAGAGACGUCAAAGACUGCCCUGCUGACAGACAAGUGUUCAGAAAUUAGCGAAGAAGUACAAAAGAAAGAUGAAGAAUUAAAUUCCAAAGAACAAGAAAUCCAACAAUUGGAAAAAAAAUUAAAGCAACAACAAAUGAGUUAUAAAAAGAAACUGAGUGAUGCUGAAAUUCAGCGUAAACAGGACCAAUACAUUGCCAAACUUCUAGAGAAACAGGACAAAAAAGCUGGGUACACAGAAUAUCAGCGACCCAAAUCACACAGCACAAGUGCUAAAACAGGAAGUAAAAACACAUGGAGAUGAUGUCUGUCUUACUUUAGUUUUUAAUGCAUUGGAUAUUUAUAGGCAUUUUACAUCUGUCUACCGAAAACUUGGUGAUUGUUUUCACUUACCAGGGUAUUUUGAAAGGAUUUUGUCCACAUUCACCAAAGAUAUUGAUGUGAAAUCUCCUUUUCAGCUAUGGUUUUUACUGCUGCAUGACAGAGAAUUCUCAUUGCUACAAUGAAGACUUGUUGAUUUUUGGAUCCUAAAAUUAAGUAAUGCUAUUGGGUGAUUUAGAUUUUAGCGACUAUUUAAUGAUAGAGGUUUAUAUUUUUGCAACUAAAUUUUAUGUUACUGUAAUAGGUAUCUACUGUAUUUAUGCACAAUUAAGCACCUACUCACAAAUAAUCUUCGUUUCUGCAUUAUCAUGAAAACUCUGAAAUAGUAAACUAAAAGCAGUUCACAAAAUAAUAAACCAAACUUUAAUACUUUAAACUAGAAGGAGACAUAUUUGAGAAUAAAUGUGAUAUUAUGAAGUUAUGUCUAUGUGAUAAUGUGUUGGUGACAAUGUAUGUACACUGUAUUAUUGUUGCUAUGCAACUGUCUGUACCAUGAAUUACUGUACAUUGUAUGUAUGUCAAGUUGAUGCGUUUGGUGCUAAUUCCCUGCAGUUAUAGUCAGAGUGUUGCAGGUGCAGAAAACAAUCUAUUUGUCUGGCUCCAAAUUCUCACUCUACAGUCUACACUUCAACCUUUGACUUUGCCAAUCGCAAAAAGGAAUCUAAUUAAUCAACAUGAAAAUUAAUAACAAGAACAUGCUUAUGGCUAAUUGAUGUUUUAAACACUUUAAUUAAUUGUUAAUUAAUGUCUAUACAGUAUGUUACAAUAUCCAGACACUGUUUGAGUAUACAUAUAUGUAUUACCAUUAAACUUUGUCUAGGCAUAUAUAACUGUUCAUCACUGGUGCCAUACACAGUGAAAAUAUUCAGGAAGAACUUUACAACCACCUUAUGGAAACUGUGAGGAAUUUUCUAAAAUUCAACAGGUGAUGUUUUGCAGUUGUAAUGGAUAUGAUAAUGUUUUUAUAUUUGUACUUAUCAAUGAUUGAUAUUGUGUCAUUAUUUAUAUGGUUGACAUUGUUAUUGGGUAUGAUUCCUUGACCCUGGCUGUUAAUAGGACGUUAAACAAAAACAAACCAAAUGAUUCCUUGUUUAUUUGACUGAGGAACUCAUUAAUUGAUUAAGCAGUGUAAACAAUAAAACCAUAUCAACAAGUGAUCAAUAAUGAUUUAUGAUAAACAUGAUUUACUAUAACAUUAGAAUUCAAUAUAGCUGUACAUUGUAUAUUUUAUAUAAAGUUUUAGAAAACACCUUUUGUUUUGUUACUGGUUUACUACUUAAGUGACUCCAACUAUAUUGCUAGGUUCUGUCUCACCACUAUAAACAGUCAGUGUUCUGUCACCAUUAGAAAACAUUCCUGAAUGACAUGGCUUGUACAAAUCAUGAUUAGAUAAAGAGAACCUAACAUUGUCCACCAUUUUUUGUGAUGUGUCUGGAAAAUCCUCUGAGAAUGGAAAUGUUCAUUUUAGGAGUUACAGUUCUUUAUUGCAUUUGCAGUAAUCUUGAUGGGAUUGUUUAAUGUCCCAAACUGUUAUUGAUACUUACAUGAAUAUAAAUGUCUGAAGAAAUCAGUUUGCUUGAAAUUUAUUUUUAUAUAUUAGUACUACAACACUUGAAAGUGAACUACACAUAUCACUUCUUAAAAAGUUAAUAAAAAGUUAUUGCCAAGUUUUGUUUUGUCCAUAAUUAAUUGCAGUUACAUGUAGAUUAUUGACAAGUCUACUUUAUUAAACAAAUGCAAACAAAA